CUCCUCCCCAUCCUGCUUUGUGAAUGAUCCUCGGGGAGAAGCUGGAGGUUGAUGGAUGCCGCGGGACAAAGGAGGCUCGCAAGCCCGGAGCUAAGCAGAGCAGCCUGGACAGGAGAGGCGGACAAGGGUUCCCUUGGGCGUUUGCAGGGCGCUUGAUUUGGAGGAAAGCGGCCCUUCGGCCAUGUCGGAGGUUGCCUUGGAUCCCGGGGCGAAGUCGGCAGCAGAGCACCUCCUGGCUGCCCCCAAUCCAGGCGGAGGAGGCCCCCAUGCAAUCCAGGCGGACGGCGGCGGGGAAGCCUGGGCAAGGGCCGUGCUGGCUGAGGAGGGCACCCUCGGCUCAGACGCGCAGCGCCAGCGGUUCAGGCAGGCCCGCUACCAGGAGGCCGAGGGGCCCCGGGAGGUUUGCAGCCGGCUCCACCAUCUCUGCCACGGGUGGCUGAAGCCAGAGACACACACGAAGAGUCAGAUCCUGGCUUUGGUGGUCCUGGAGCAGUUCUUGGCUGUCCUUCCCGCGGAGACGGAGAGCUGGCUCGGAGACUGUGGGGCAGCGAUAAAAAAAGGUUUCCUCCCGAGUCGGGCAGAAGUUGACAAGCGGGAAGAGCAGCGAGGAAAGGAACCAGUCACCUCAUGGAAAUUGAUUGCAAAAUCCCACCCUGCCUCAAGAGGGUUUAUAAUCCCGGCCUCCAGAGAGAAGCUUGUAGAAGAGGCAGGCGAUCCUGCAGCCGUCUUGGAUGCCGCCUUGAAUCGCCCUUCAGAGAUGGACGAGCAAGACUUGGUUGGUUCUCAGGCAGGAAGAGAACCUCACGCGAUCCAGGCGGGGAGCUGUGGGGAAUUCUGGGAAAGAACUGUAGAGAAGAUCCCGGGUGAGGAAAAUGCCUUCAGCUCAGAUGCUCAGUGCCAACGUUUCAGGCACUUCUGCUGCCAGGGUGCUGAGGGUCCCCAAGAGGUUUGCAGCCUGCUCCACCAGCUCUGCUAUCAGUGGCUGAAACCAGAGCGACACACAAAAAACCAGAUCCUGGACUUGAUCAUCCUGGAGCAGUUCCUGGCUGUCCUUCCCCCAGAGAUAGAGAACUGGGUAAGGGAAUGUAGAGCAGAGACUAGUUCCCAGGCGGUGGCCCUGGCUGAAGGUUUCCUCCUGAGCCAGGCAGAGGAGAAGAAGCAGGAAGAGCAGCAGCUGCAGGGCCUGGUUGCCGAAGAGGCCACAGAGCAGGCCCCAUCAGACCCCAGGCGUAGGCCUCUCUCCAGGUGGAUCAAGCAGGGGGAGGAUGGAAGGGCCACCUUGUUGGGAGAUGACCUGAAGGUGGGGGCAAUAUGUACAAACUUAUCUCUUCCUUGUGGUGGAGCAGAAGCAACUUCUGGGAGGCUAGAAGAGGUAACUUUUGAGGACGUGGCUGUGUAUUUCACCGAGGAGGAAUGGAGCUUGCUGGAUCCGAACCAAAGGGCCCUGCACAAGGAAGUCAUGGAGGAGAAUUGGGGGAUGGUGGCCUCCCUGGAAGAGCAAGACUCGGCUGGCCCUCAAGCCACAAGGGAGCUUCAUGCAACCCAGGCUGGGAGCAGUGAGGAAUUGGGGGGAAAUAGUGUACAGAGGAUCCUAGGUGAAAGACAAGAUGGAGGACAGCCAGGCAGGGUGUUGUUGGAAAGGGUCAGAUGUAAAGAGAAGGAAGAGCAGAGCACGAAAGCUGAUGCUAAACAUAAGAGCAGGAACCAACCCUCUGUUUCUCAAGAUGGUGAUGUUGAAGAAAAAAUGGACGGAGGAAAAGAAAGGUGUCAAUGCCCUGUAUGUGGCAAAGGGUUCAAAUGGAAAUCAAGCCUUUAUACUCAUAGUAAACUCCACACAGGGGAGAAACCAUUUAAAUGUUUGGAGUGUGGAAAGAGCUUCAGUCAGAAGUCAACCCUCACUACUCAUCAAAGAAUUCACACGGGGGUUAAACCAUACAAGUGUUUGGAAUGUGGAAAGAGCUACAGUAGAAACUCAAGCCUUAAAUUUCAUCAAAGGACUCACACAGGGGAAAAACCAUAUGAAUGCUUGGAGUGUGGACAGAGCUUCAGCAAGAAGAGAAAUCUUACUGCUCAUCAAGGAACUCACACAGGGGGGAAACCCUUUAAAUGUCUGCAGUGUGGAAAGAGCUUCAGUCAGAUAUCAAGCGUCAGUAGACAUCAAAGAAUUCACACUGGUGAGAAACCAUAUACAUGCUUAGAGUGUGGGAAAAGCUUCAAUCAGAAGAGAAAUCUCACUGUUCAUCAAGGAACUCACACGGGGGAGAAACUAUUUAAAUGCUUAGAGUGUGGGAAAAGCUUUAAUAGGAGAGACCGGUUUAUUUUACACCAUAAAAUUCACAGAGGGGAGAAACCAUUUGUAUGUCUGGAGUGUGGAAAGAGCUUCAAUCAGAGCUCAAGCUUUACAUUACACAAAAGAAUCCACACAGGGGAAAAACCAUUUAAAUGUUUGGAGUGUGGAAAAAGCUUCCGUUGGUCUAGCGUCUUUACUUUACACCAACGAAUUCAUACAGGGAAGAAACCAUACACAUGCUUAGAGUGUGGAAAAAGCUUCAGACAGAAAAGCAAUCUCGCAGCUCACGAAGGAAUUCAUACAGGGGAGAAACCAUUUAAAUGCUUAGAGUGUGGAAAGAGCUUCAGUCAAAAGAUGCAUCUCACUUGUCAUCAAGGAAUGCACACAGGAGAGAAACCAUUUAAAUGCUUGAAAUGUGGAAAGAGCUUCCGUUGGGCUACCUCCCUUACUUUACAUCAAAGAACGCACACGAGGGAGAGACCAUACACAUGCUUGGAAUGUGGAAAGAGUUUCAGUCAAAAAAUGCAUCUCGCAUCUCAUCAAGGAACUCACACAGGGGAGAAACUAUUUAAAUGCUUAGAAUGUGGAAAGAGCUUCUGUUGGGCUCUCUCUCUUACUUUACAUCAACAAAUGCACACAGGGAAGAGAGUGUAUACUUGCUUGGAGUGUGGAAAGAGCUUCAGGAAGAACUCAAAUCUUAGAUCACACCAAAUAAUCCACACAGGAGAGAAACCAUUUCAGUGCUUGGACUGUGGAAAGAGUUUCCGUUGGAAUAAUUCUCUUACUUUACAUCAAAGAAUUCACACAGGGGAGAAGCCAUAUGCGUGUUUGGAGUGUGGAAAGAGUUUCAAUAGAAGAGCAACUUUUAUUUUACAUCAAAGAAUUCACACAGGGGAGAAGCCCUUUAAAUGCCAGGAGUGUGGGAAGAGCUUUAUUAGGAGAGACUCCCUCAUUUCACAUCAACACAUUCACACAGGGGAGAAGCCAUUUAAAUGUUUGGAGUGUGGAAAGAGCUUCAAUCACAGCUCAAGCUUUACAUCACACCAAAGAAUUCACACAGGGGAGAAACCAUAUAAAUGUUUGGAGUGUGGAAGGGGCUUUAACAGGAAAGGGACCCUUACUUUACAUCAAAGAAUUCACACGGGGGAGAAACCUUUUCAAUGUUUGGAUUGUGGGAAGAGCUAUAUUAGGAAAGGCUCCCUUAUUUUACAUCAAAGCAUUCACACAGAGGAGAAACCAUUUAAAUGCCUAGAGUGUGGAAAGAGCUUUAUUAGGAGAGACUCCCUCAUUUCACAUCAACACAUUCACACAGGGGAGAAGCCAUUUAAAUGUUUGGAGUGUGGAAAGAGUUUCAAUCACAGCUCAAGCUUUACAUCACACCGAAUAAUUCACACAGGGGAGAAACCUUUUAAAUGCUUGGUGUGUGGAAGGGGCUUUAAUAGGAAAGGGACCCUUACUUUACAUCAAAGAAUUCACACAGGGGAGAAACCUUUUCGAUGCCUGGAGUGUGGAAAGAGCUAUAUUAGGAAAGGCUCCCUUGUUUUACACCAAAGCAUUCACACAGAGGACAAACCAUUUAAAUGCCUUGAGUGUGGAAAGAGCUUUUCCAGGAGAGAUUCCUUUAUUUCACAUCAAUACAUUCAUACAGGAGAGAAACCUUUUAAAUGUCUGGAGUGUGGAAAAAGGUUCAAUCACAGCUCAAGCUUUACAUCACACCAAAGAAUUCACACAGGGGAGAAACCAUAUAAAUGCUUGGAUUGCGGAAAGAGCUUUAACAGGAAAGGGGCCUUUAAUAUUCAUCAAAGAAUUCACACAGGAGAGAAACCUUUUAAAUGCCUGGAGUGUGGAAAGAGCUAUAUUAGAAAACACUCACUUAUUUCACAUCAGAGCAUUCACACAGAGGAGAAAUCAUUUAAAUGCUUGGAGUGCGGAAGGAGUUUUAACAGGAAAGGGACCCUUAGUUUACAUCAAAGAAUUCACACAGGAGGAACUGUGUAAAUGCUUGGGAGUGUGGAAAGAGCUUCAGUCACAGCUCAAGCUUUACAUCACACCAAAAAAUUCACAUGGGACAGACCAUAUAAAUACUUGGGAGUGUGGAAGCUUCAGGAAGAGCAGGGAUCUUAGUAGACAUCAAAGAAUACACACAAGGGGUAAACUAUAUAUGUGCCAGACCAUAUCAUUUUUCAUCACAGAGAAAGCCUUAAAAAUCAUCAGAGACAUCCCAUUGAUGAGCAAUUAUAUGCAAGCUUGGAAUGUGGAAAUACUAUCCAUGAGCAGCCAGAGUAAAGGGUUCACAUCACAUCAAAGAGCCCACACAAACUGAAGUAUGGAAAUAACAGGUGGUGUACAUAUUAUAUUGGGAGGAAGCUGAUAAAGAAAUAGACUACAUCUUUUCUGACCAAACAAACCUUUAUAGCGAACAGAGAAUUCACGCUGGGUUUCUAGUAUAACUCAAAUAAAAAAGAUCAUGGGAUGUGAAUUACCCCUAGACCUGCAGUGGAAUCCUAACCAUGUUUACUCAGAAGUAAGUCCUACUGAAUUUAGGGUUUACUCCCAAGUAAGAUGGGUUAGGAUUGCAGCCCAAAUCAUUUUAUUGUUGUGUUAUAUAAAAAUACAGUUUUAGUUGAUGAUGUUAAAAUGAUCAUUCAUUUGCAGGCUGCUGCCUGGGCAUAAAUCCAAUACCGGAAAAAAGUAAUCCUUAUCCUAUUAACAAAUGGCUUUUAAGAAUAUUAGAUUCAGUAUAUAUGAUUAAAUUCUCAAAUAUAAUCAGAAUAAGAGAAGGGGGAAGCAAUGCAAUCAGUUGAAAAGAGGAGCUCAUUAUAUAUUGGAAUUUUGAAGACAGUUCAAGAUGCAGUAGAGUUCAAUAUUCAGUUUUAAGAAUAUUAAAAAGGUAAAGGUGUCCCCGCACUUGUAGUGUGAGUCGUUUCCGACUCUUAGGAUGACGUCUUGCAACGUUUACUAGGCAGACCAUAUAUAUGGGGUGGGAUUGCCAGUUCCGUCCCUGGUACUCAUUUUACCGACCACGGAUGGAUGGAAGGCUGAGUGGACCUCGACCCCUUUUACCAGAGAUUCAACUUCCUCCUUUCGUUAGAUUUGAACUCUGGCCAUGAGCAGAGCUUCGGCUGCAUUACCGCCGCUUACCAAAUAUUAAAUAUUAAUAUUAUUAAAUAUUAUUUAAUAUUAAAUAUUAUUUAUUUAAUAUUUAUUCCAUUUUGCAUACUUGUUAGUC